GCAACGUGAGCGAUUCUCCAGUCUGUUCAGGUGAACAAAGAAUUGAUCCAAAAAGCAAAACUCUCACUUAGGCAUUUGACCAACCAUCACUUGAUCAUGAGAAACGAAUCAAUAAACUAAAUCCAGGAUAGAAGCAGCUAAAACAAGCUUCUUCUACAGAGUAGCCUGACUUGGCCAACAGAGGGAGAAACUCAGUCAUCUAAGGGAAGCUCAGUGUACACUGUUUCAUGCCCAACAUGGUUUGGGUAUGUGAUAGAGACAACCUAGUAGAUGCCUCCUGUCAAAAAUUUGCGACAUUUUCCACUUGGAGGAGACCCUGGGGCAAAUCCUGAACCCACCGGAGGGACUAUAAAUAGCUUCUUCCAGCCUUUCAACACCUUGGGAUCCCUGGAAUGAGCUGAAGAGUAAUGCUGGGAUGAGAAACGUCUGGGCUUUCCCUUCCAGACCUUACAACCCAAUCUCAGGUAAGCAAAAGAUAAUUUUAACGGUUGAAUUUUAAUGUAUUUUGCUCCAGACAUUUAUCUCUACCUUAAUACUCCAAAACAUUAGCUAACUAACUAAAGUGUACAACUUUGAGACAUUUUCCACCUUGUCUGCAGUGAAUAACUCCGUCUCCUUCUUACCAGGCUACGGCUGUCGAUGUAAAUGGAGAAGCAAAAGGUAACCCUUUGAUAACAACGCAGGAUCUGGGUUCACACUCUUCAGAGGGUAUCCUCAGUUAUACUUGGCAACUUUUUAUCAGAUGACCUCCUGAUUUACGCAGUGACAGUGAGCCUGGCAGGCGUUAAAACCUCCCUCAAUACCUCAGCUCUCUCCCAUCCUUCUCUGCAGUGAAGUGUGAACAUUAAAGUGAAUGUGGAGGAGGAGUUCUUGUGAAGGGUGGGGGGAGGCAGGCAGAGAAAGAGAGUAAGACAGCAGCGACCCAGGCAGACAGCGAUGGAUGCUGGUAGGGAAGAGACGUCUGCACAAAAGGAAUCAGCAUGAUAACAGCAUUGGUCCCCUGGGAGUGUUGUACCUAAUCGGAGAAGAUUGGGAGGCUUUGGAUACUGUCCAGCAUCAUCAGUCCGAUUCAACAAAAUGUCUGACUUUGAGGAUUUCAGCUGGACAGGAGGACAGGCCAACGUUUCUGAAAGCUACCAGCUGAACCCCACCAGUGUGAUCGUGUCUGUGGUUUUCUCCCUCAUCUUUCUGCUUGGCACCAUCGGCAACAGCCUGGUGCUCGCUGUGCUGCUGCGGAGCGGCCAGCUCGGAUACAACACGACCAACCUGUUCAUACUCAACUUGAGCGUGGCCGACUUCUUCUUCAUAAUCUUCUGCGUUCCCUUCCAAGCCACCAUCUAUUCUCUGGAGGGAUGGGUGUUUGGCUCCUUCAUGUGCAAAGUGGUCCACUUCUUCAUCAACCUCACCAUGUACGCCAGCAGCUUCACACUGGCUGCUGUAUCAGUUGACAGAUAUCUGGCCAUCCGCUACCCUCUGCGCUCCAGAGAGCUGAGAACCCCUUGUAAUGCAGUGGUCGCCAUGGUGGUUAUCUGGGGUCUCUCCUUGGUCUUUGCAGGUCCAUAUCUUAGCUACUAUGACCUGAUUGAUUUUGCUAACAGCACUGUGUGUAUCCCCGGCUGGGAGGAGCAGAACCGUAAGGUCCUAGACACCUGCACCUUCCUGUUUGGCUACGUCAUUCCUGUGCUGGUUGUGAGCCUCUCGUACACCCGAACCAUCAAGUACCUCUGGACAGCCGUCGACCCGCUGGAUGGUAUGUCCGAAUCUAAGAGAGCCAAGCGUAAAGUCACCAAGAUGAUCAUCAUUGUAACUGUGCUCUUCUGCAUAUGCUGGCUGCCAUACCACGUAGUGAUACUGUGCUAUCUAUACGGAGACUUCCCUUUCAAUCAGACCACUUACGCCUUCAGGCUACUCUCUCACUGCAUGGCCUACGCCAACUCUUGCGUCAACCCCAUUGUGUACGCUCUGGUGUCCAAACACUUCCGCAAAGGUUUCAAGAAAGUCUUCAGCUGCAUCCUCAUUAAGAACGGCAGAAACAAAGUUCACGUGGUCCACGUGGCCAACACGGGGCCUGGGUUCGAGGCGGGCUCCACGGAGGUAUCGCACAUGAACGAGGAGAACGUUCGACAGAAUGAAUGCGAAAUGAUGAACAGGCCGAGGCGAGUGGAGCCGAGAGAGCCCACAGUGACGCUAAAUUCCCCCUUUCAGCACCCGACUUGACGAACGAUCAGAUCGGUUUCAGAGCGAGAUUGCCUUAUGUGUACAACUGUGCAACGACAAUAGAAAAAGUCUACAUUUUUUUCAUCGAUUCCAAAUUUAAAUUUGCGGGGUUAAUUGGGAGGCACGUUAACUGAGAGACAGUUAACUACUGAACAUGAAAAUGUUCUUCAUUAAUCCCAUCUUUCUAAUCCGUUACUGCAUUAAUCUUGGCAUGUGGACAUGAUUUUAGAAAAGUCUUUUCCUGUCUCAUUAAUACUGUCAGCUCAACUCAACUACACUACAACACCAACCAGCAGACAUAUUUCAGUUCAAGUACUUACAGUUUUGUCAUUCAUAUUUUCCACUAGUUUUCCACUGGUAGAGCUGCAAAGAAAGAUUUUGUUUCAUCUGUCAAGGUAAUCUUUUUUCAAAUGAUUGGUUGCAAUUAAUGAAAUUGAGGCUGCAAGGUUGUCGUGUCGCUUACAAGGAGUUCUCUGUUGUUGUUCCUCCCUGCUGAUGUGAGCGUCAUCACUUCAUAAAUCCUCUUCGCACCACUUUUUAACUACCAUUUCCAAGCUUAGGUUUUCAUUUGCUGGAUUUUUCUCAACGUGAUCCAGUUUUCAGGUGUAAUCACUGGAGUCUAAUCUGACCUUCCUGUUAGGAUUAAAUCUACCCGUCGGAUAUCAAGGUGUAGUUUUUCGUGGAACAGGUUGUGUGUUUUGUAUUUUGCAUGCAAAUGCUGUUCUCUCGUGUCGAGAUAAUUGUUCAUUUUAGCAAAAUGUGUAUUUAAGCUAACUCUGCAGACAGUUGUGCAAAACAGUUAAGUAUUUACAGUGCAGUUUUACACCUGCAUAUAGAAGUUCCUAAAUAUGUCUCAGAGCACACUGUUGUGUGCCAGAUGUAGAAAUCAGGUUUGACACGAGACAUUUUGAGCUAAGAUAUAUAAAAAAAAUAUUAAUAAGUGCAAAGUUCGGGAUUGAUGACUUACAGAAAUCUUUUAGAACUCUACAGUAUUUGCACACAUUUUCUUGCUUUUCUUGUAUUUUGUAUCCAUGGCAUGUUUCUCUUUAGUGUAAAAUAUUAUGCAGUUAAAAGAAUGUGUUUGUCAAUGAGUGCACUUAUGUAUCCGAGUGUAUUUUAAAAUGUAUUUAAUAUUGUAAAGCUGUGAAAUGAUAACCACGCAUUUGCAGAUUUAUUUUUCGCCACAAAGUACAGAUAAUUGUACUUUACUGUAAGGUUGUGUUCUACCUCAGAGCUGUAAAAAAAAAAAAAAAGCAUUUUGUUUCUGUUCUGCAUUUUGUUAUGUUUCCGGACGUUUUAAUGGUGAGAAGGAAUGUACUGUCGACUGGAUAGCUUAAAUGACCAAAUAAACCAGUUUCUGCUGUGA